UGACAUCAUCUGUGUCUCCCCAAUCAUGGCGUAAAAUUACAGGAUGAAGGCUCUGUGCAUGUGAAAGUAGAAAGAGUGCUUUACAGCCUCGGGAUUCUUUCCCGGUGCUUGCUGGCAUCAAAGUCUCAAGGUCUUAGUAACUGUGCUCUCGAGGCAUGUCCACUGAUGUCCACUGAAGCUUUCUCUGUCUGACCGCAACAACGGAGACCACCGUGAGCGCGCGAUUGGGUCUGCAGCAGAAAGGCACGCAAUGUCCGGCAAGCGGAACGAUGGAUCAAGGUCAAUAGAAUCUCGAGAAGCCCGUGUCGUGGCGCCCCGUCAAGAGAACGACGUGGACACGGCUUCCCCUCACUACGGCAAGCGACCUGAGGCCCCGCCCCCGGAAGACAUCGACAGCCCGGCCCUAGACUUUGAGCCUGAGCGCGUCCCGAGGCCUGAGAAGAACCAAAAGUACCCGCCCAUCAUCACCAUCGACGGUCGCGUGGACACGGACAUCGACCACCUGAUGGACGACUUAGAAGAAGACAAAGCCGUGGUGUCGUCCCAGCACCGCUACCCCAAGCCUCACGUCUUCUCCGUUAUCGAGGGCUCCAUCGACGAUGACGUGGACAGUCUGGCCAACCAUGACGGAACCAUGGAGCACACGCUGGUGGACGCGCCCAAGACCUUCAACUCCAGGGACCUGAAGGACGUGGCGGCAAAAGCCACCGGAACAACACCCCCAAGCAGAGCGAGUCGGCCCGGCAUUCCCUCUGACAGGUCCCACAACAAGCAGCACAUAGACGUGUCUGAGGAUGAAGAUGAUUUCUCCCGAGCAGACGACACGCCCAUCACUCCCGCCAGCUCGGCCCUCGCCUGUGUCGAGCAGACAUACCACACAGACGGCACCAGAAGCCAGAGCGACAGGUCCGGGGCGGAUGAGUUCGGGUCUGCUUCCAAAGAAUCGGUGAAACUCAAUGUCAAAACCUCCUCAACGAUCUCGAAGCGGAAUUCUGAAUCGGAUUCCAUAUCUUCUUCCGGUACAAACCACGGAAGCAAACCUCUUGACUUUCAUCACGAGUUCCCUCCCCCGCCCCUGGAAUAUCUCUCUAAUAAAAGUACCCCUGAUGGUGCUCGAGAGGGAAACCCUCUUCACCUGGACCCAGCUAUAGUCGGGAGAUGUAACGCUUGUCCCCUCAGUGGCCAAAGAGUGGGCUAUUACUCCACCAGCCAAGGUGACUCUCCAUUCAAUGACAAGGCAAUGUUGUCGGAGCUAGCAGAGACUGUUAUGACCGAGAGGUCGCCGAAGAGCAAAAGAAAAGCCAUGUCAGUUGGAGAGCCAGAAUUCGCUGAGAUGAUAGGAGUCGUCCAAAAGAAAACCACUCGAUCUCUCUCUAAUAACGAUGGAGUGUUUCACGAUUUUGGAGAUUACUCCCCGUACUCAGAGGGGAAAUUAGGCGUCCGUUCUCUGUGGGGCGAUCAAUAUGGCGGAAGAAAACCUCGAGUCGGUGAUAGCGAGUACAGAUCAGAGUUCAUGUUAAGAGAGCUGAUGAGCUCCAGUCAAACGCAAAGCCAAACCCAGAGCCAAAGCCAAAGUCAAACCCAAAGCCAACCCCAAAACCAAAACGAAUAUGAGUCCAAAAACAAAAGUGGGAACACUGAGAUUAGAACCCAGUCCGAGGCCUCUCUCUACUCCAGUUCAGACCAGAAACGCUCAGAUGUUGAGGAAAAGACCGAAGAUAAAAAAUCAGCUGAUGUUUCCAAUGGAUCAAAUGCAGCUGCUCUUGGCGCAUCUUCGAGUCAGAAUAGCGACCAUAAAGAUGGCAUGUUGUCUCUGAAAAAGCAGGCGAUGGCUCUGGACGACAUGCCUAAGCAGCCACUGACUGCUAUGCCUGACGGGGAGAAUGUCAAGAACAUGGAUGACCCUCCAGACGCUCUGAAGAAAGCAGAGGACUGGCUGGAGAGAGUCAAGAGGAUGAUUUCGGAUGACGGUUUCGGAUUGCAGCCUGGCGAAAGCGAUGAUGGAAACGGCAAACAGUCUAUACAUGCGCAAGCGGACUCUAGCGUGUACAAUGAAGACACUCUCUCCGGGAAAAGGAUGUACACUUCCCUGGCGUCAGACUCAAACAGUCCGAAGGUCUGCUCACUCCGGUUCGAUAGUUGUCCCACAAUCAUUCAUACAGAAAGGCCUCCAGGCUGCACGUGCAGAUCGGGAACAAAAGAGCUGUGCUAUGCGUGUAGAAAAAAGGGCAGAGGACGGAAAUGUACUUCAGUCCGGGACAGUCCGCGUGAGAUCAGAAAGAAAGAUUGGAUGUUGUCAGCACCUACUGAGAUCAAAUACCAGGUAGAUGGUCCUCAGGGCCCCGAAAACGCUUCCACUACUUCUCCGACGUCAUCAAUAGCCUUUAUCUGUGACGACGAAGACAACGCCUUUCAAGAUAUUAGUUUGUGGAAACAAUCUACUACGGAAAAGGUUUCGAAGGUAACCACUGGUAAUCUUGAUGACACAGCUUGCAUGUCGGAUGACUGUUCAAAGCCUUUAGAGCAGCACCUUGCAGAAGUCUCUAAACACCCCCGAUCGUCUACAAUACGCGGCUCUCUCAAAGCUGCUAUCAAAGUGGCUGAGCAAUCCAUGUCUGCAGCAGCUAAAGUCGCCCAAGCGCUGUCACUAGUUAUCGAAGCCACCAGGGUCUCCCGCUCUCUGUCUCGCUCUCCUUCUUUGGCGGAAAGAGCUGGAGAAAAAAGUAGAUCCUUGUCUCGAUCUCGUUGCAGUCAAACAUCUCUGUCAUCUCGGCUGGGUUCAGUUAGAAAGCCAUCACGACAAACCGCUAGCGCUUACGAAACCCUCCCAGAAAAAUCGAACGAGGACCAAAUCUCCGAGCCACACCGAGAUUGCCAGUCGUAUGUCACGCCCAGGGAGAAACUUAAGCCGCCUGACCGAGCACCAAAGCACGGUUCCAGACACAGGUCUGCCUCACUCAACUCUCGCUCCUCUCGUUCCCCGAGCGAGCACAUGAGAAGAGAGCGGCAUGUAGCCUUGACUUCAGGAGUUCAUCGGAGACAUCACAAGUCGGAGCAUCGUGGUCGCAAUCAUGGUCACAGCGCAUAUUAUUCCGAGAACCAGAGAGAAGCCAGAAAGGGCGAACCCGGGGAGUCAUUUAAGCAUAAGAAAAGUUACAGUAAAGACCUAGGAGAUGUUUCCAGACAUAGGCACCAUCACUACCGGGACGCCCUGGCAGAUCGAGAAAUGGAUGAGAAACGGGGACAUCGAACAUCUGGCAGCAGGUAUGUACAUAAUUCAAAAUAUCACAAAGAGAGGAGUGAGUCAAGAGAGCAUCGCUCUGCACAUGGCACGAAGCGAAGCAAAUCUCGAGAGCAUCUUUCUGCAUAUGACAAAGAGAGAAACCGGUCACAUGAGCGUCGUUCUGCGUAUGACAAGGGGAGAAACGGACCACGUGAACAUAUUUCUGCACGUUGCAAGGAGAGGAGCAAAUCAAGGGAUCUAAGAAAAGACCGCAAAGAGACGAGUCACAGGUAUCGCAGUGGCUCCAGGGGUUCGCAGGAAGCCAAAAAACAUAAACAACCGUCUUCAGAUUUUAAAGGAGGCAGGAAUGAGACCAAGCCACGCUCCCGUCAUCGUGGACCGACAGAAAGAGAAAAAAUAAUGGAAUGGAGUCAAGGCGACUGGUCCCUUCCCGCCGUCGAACCAGCUCUCUCGCCGAAACAGGAAUAUUUUUCUCAGGUAGUGAAAGGAAUGAAAGACUGCUCGGUACCAACGGAAAAAGAGGCCCACGUCUCUUCGAGCGACAAGUAUAUUCGUUCAAAACUUGUGGGUUCUGGAGUCGAUCCGGACGCCCGAGACAGCGAAUAUGAUUCUAUUGAAUUCAACGCCAAUGCUCGAGUGUCUGAUCUGAUCCGGAAGUACAGCUGCAGUCCAAUGGACGGAGAGGAAGAAGAAGGCCGCCGAAACCUUCAGGAUGGAGUGGUAGAGAAGUCUUCGAAGAACCUGCGUAACAACGAGCUGUGGCGAGAGCGCCACUCGUGGCGCAACUGUGGCUUCGAGAGCUCCGAGCUGGACGAGUGGAGCCUUAGGAGCUGCCACAGCGGGGCCAGCAGGAGGAGCGAGGACCUGCAGGGCUGGGCUGGGCACCAGGAGGACAAGGACAGCCAGCCCAACAGCACUACAGACAACGGCCCACCAGUGUUGAAGAGGAGCGCCUACGAGCAGGAGAGCUGCGAAGACGUUCGAGAGUUGGACAGCGCCAGCACGUCUUGCCCCACCGAGUCCCGGAACGUCAAAUUCAGCCUGAGAGCGGAGUCUCCGGACAGCCGAGACAACUCCGUCACUUCUACGGCAACGCUUGGGAGUUAUUCUGCUGCCUCCGCGCAGUCGCGGUCCAGUGGCAAGAACAGCGUCAACCUGAACAACGGCAACAGCAACAGCAACAGUAAUAGUAUGAGCAAGAACGGCAACAGCGUCAACAAUAUUUACUUCAAUUUUUCGAAACUGAAAAGCUGUCUUAAAGUGCCUUUACUAGAAUCUGGCGGCAAAUAUUGUAAGAGAAACCACCAAUCAACCGGAGAAGAGAUAGUUUUGAUAAUACAUGUAGUGAGAGUGACUGGAUUUAAACUCAAGAAGCGCAGUCCACUCUAA